UGGCUCAGUGACGCGCCUCAGGUACAGAGCGCCGCCUGCUCUCCCCUGUAGCUGAACCCGCGGUUAUUCAUGACUCAGUGAGCGGACUAGGGAAGAAAAUGGAAAGUGCUCGCGGCUCGAGUCGAGACCGUUUCAGGACCUCUUCAGCUGGACAGCGCAACAGCUUCUUUUUCUUCUACAGGAGCGCGAGCUCGGGGAUUUCUUUUUGAAUUGCACGAGCAGGCGUGAUGGAGUUCAUCAUGGAACAGGAAGAAGGUGCAACAUCAUCCGAGUAACAAGAACAGCAAACAUUCUGAAAACAUGAAGCUGGAAGUCUUGUGAGCAGCACUGCGCAGAAAAGCAUCCAGCAGCAGCACACACAACACACACGAAAGUAACUCAUUGGAGGGCAAAGCUCUGUGGGCCCCAGGGACAGACCUCUGUUCAUCUGCUUUGAAAAGAAAAUACUGCAAAUCCAGAAGAACAGAAGGAUUCAUGAGUAUUGGUUACCCUUUUAUGUCAGCUAGAGGAGUCUUCAUGAAGAGAAAAAGAGUAGUGUGGCAGAGCUGGUGAUACUCCCUAACCAGCUACUUCAUCUUAAAAGUCAUUAUCUCAUUCAUGGACUCCUAGAGACAGCAUCUUAAAAGUAAACAACUGUUUUGAUUUAAAAAAGUUCGAGAGACAGAGUGAGCGAGAGAGAGAGAGAGCAAGAGAGAGAACUGAGUAAAUACUUGGCUGCUGAAAUGUCUCCUUCCUUGCUCAUCGUUGGUGGGGGGACCAUCCAUCUCGGGUUGUUUUUGUUGAUUUUUCUUAAUCUUUUUCUGCUCACGUUGGAAGCAAGACCCAAGGGCCCCGGCCAUACACAUCUAAACUCGAUCCGCAUUGAUGGAGACAUCUCCCUGGGAGGCCUGUUUCCAGUUCAUGCACGAGGUCACAAUGGAAAGCCCUGUGGCGAGCUGAAGAAGGAGAAGGGAAUCCAUCGUCUGGAAGCCAUGCUUUUUGCUCUAGACCGCAUCAACAAUGACCACGAGCUCCUCCCUAAUAUCUCACUGGGGGCCCGUAUUCUUGACACCUGUUCACGAGACACACACGCUCUGGAGCAGUCGCUCACUUUCGUCCAAGCGCUCAUUGAGAAGGAUGGCACAGAUGUGAAGUGUCAGGGAGGUGGCUCCCCCAUCAUUACCAAGCCAGAGAGGGUUGUGGGAGUAAUUGGGGCUUCCUCCAGCUCUGUGUCCAUCAUGGUGGCUAACAUCCUUCGCCUUUUUAAGAUCCCUCAAGUGAGCUAUGCUUCUACAGCACCGGAGCUGAGUGACAACACACGCUAUGAUUUCUUCUCUCGGGUGGUUCCUCCAGACACGUAUCAGGCCCAGGCUAUGGUGGACAUUGUGCGACACAUGGGGUGGAACUAUGUCUCUACUGUAGCAUCUGAGGGAAAUUAUGGUGAAAGCGGUGUGGAUGCUUUCAUUCAGAAGUCCCGUGAGGAUGGAAGUGUCUGCAUCUCCCAGUCAGUUAAGAUCCCAAGGGAGCCCAAAGCAGGAGAAUUUGACAAGAUUAUUCAUCGCUUGGUAGAAAACCCAAAUGCCAGAGUAGUUAUUAUUUUUGCAAAUGAGGAUGAUAUAAGGAGGCUGUUGCAGGCAGCAAAGAAAGCCAAUUUGACUGGUCACCUGUUGUGGGUAGGAUCAGAUAGCUGGGGUUCCAAGAUUUCUCCUGUGCUUCACCAAGAGGAGAUGGCUGAAGGAGCAGUCACUAUCCUGCCUAAGCGCCAGUCUAUUAAAGGGUUUGAUCGUUAUUUCAUCAGCCGGACACUAGAAAAUAACAGGAGGAACAUCUGGUUUGCUGAGUUCUGGGAGAACAAUUUCAACUGCAAGCUCAAUCGGCAUGCUUUGAAGAAAGGAUCAGGCAUAAAGAAAUGUACAAAUCAAGAGAGGAUUGGAAAAGACUCAGCAUAUGAACAGGAAGGAAAAGUAAUGUUCGUGAUCGAUGCAGUGUACACCAUGGCCCAUGCUCUUCAUAACAUGCACAAAGAUCUGUGUCCUGGCAAGGUGGGACUUUGCUCCAGAAUGGACCCUAUCGAUGGAAACCUACUUUUAAAAUACAUUCGUGACGUAAGGAUAACAGGCAUAGCUGGCAAUCCAGUCCAGUUCAACGAGAAUGGGGAUGCUCCAGGACGCUAUGAUAUCUACCAAUACCAGAUAAAUAACAAAACAGCAGAGUACAAAAUCAUCGGCCAAUGGACUGACCAGCUUCAUCUUAAUAUACCAGAGAUACAGUGGCCAGGUGGUAUAAAGCAAAUACCCUCCUCCAUCUGCAGUCAACCUUGCAAGCCAGGCUGGCGUAAGAAGGUUGUGAAGGGCAUCCCAUGCUGCUGGCAUUGUGAGCGCUGUGAUGGCUACCAGUACCAGGCUGAUCCAUUCACCUGUAAAAUGUGUCGCUUCGACUUGCGCCCCAACAAGAACCAUACAAGCUGUCAGCCAAUCCCAAUCAUUAAGUUGGAAUGGAGCUCACCGUGGGCUGUCAUACCUGUACUCAUUGCCAUCAUGGGCAUUAUGGCUACCAUGUUUGUGGUGGUCACAUUCAUACGCUACAAUGACACUCCGAUCGUAAAGGCAUCAGGAAGGGAGCUCAGUUAUGUCCUACUUACAGGCAUAUUUCUUUGCUAUGCCACUACAUUCCUGAUGAUAUCAUCUCCUGAUGUUGGGAUAUGUUCACUCCGACGCAUUUUCUUAGGACUGGGCAUGAGCAUUAGCUACGCUGCAUUGCUAACCAAGACUAACCGUAUUUAUCGUAUUUUCGAGCAGGGAAAGAUGUCAGUGAGUGCCCCACGUUUUAUAAGCCCAGCAUCCCAGUUGUUGAUUACUUUCAGCCUGAUCUCUGUGCAGCUGUUAGGGGUUUGCAUUUGGUUUGUAGUGGAUCCUCCUCAGGCUUUUGUGGACUACGAGGACCAGCGCAUGGCAAAUCCAGAGAUGGCACGGGGUGUGCUCAAGUGUGACAUCUCUGACUUGUCACUCAUCUGCCUGCUGGGGUACAGCAUGCUUCUAAUGGUCACAUGCACAGUCUAUGCCAUAAAGACGCGUGGGGUGCCGGAGACCUUCAAUGAAGCAAAACCUAUCGGCUUCACCAUGUACACCACCUGCAUUAUCUGGCUGGCCUUCAUACCCAUCUUCUUUGGGACAUCACAGUCCACAGAAAAGAUGUACAUCCAGACAACUACCCUAACCAUCUCAGUGAGUCUGAGCGCUUCGGUUUCUUUGGGACUGCUCUACAUCCCCAAAAUCUACGUGGUGCUCCUUCACCCUGAACAGAAUGUGGCCAAGCGGAGCACACGCAGCCUGAAGGCCGUAGUCACUGCCGCCACCAUGUCCAACAAAUUCAACCCAAAAGCCAGCCUGCGGCCUAACGGAGAGGCCAAGACUGAGUUGUGUGAGAAUCUGGAAACUCAAGGACUUAGCCCCAAACAAACAUACAUCAGCUAUAGCAACCAUGCAAUCUAGCAAAAAUGAAAAAAAAAAAAAAAAAAAGCUGAUUCCUAAGAGUGACUUGUGGAAGACAGCCUUAUAAGGUGAACCAAUCUUCUGGUUUCCAGAUGGAGGAGAGAUUUAAACACAGCCUGCUGAUUCUGUCCAUACCUUCUGGUCUAAGAAGAUCAUGAGAAGACCCUGAGGGAAACGUGGGAAGUCCAUGGUGUUUCAGUGAUGGUACUGUAUGUCACAUCAAUAUCUGGUACCCAGCAGAACUGACCCCCCAUGCUGGAACCAUCUGCAAAAUCCCAUUACAACUGCUUUUAUCAUCUGUCUUAUCAUUUGAUGUCAUUGCGGAAGUGACACCAAAAUAAUGACCAGGCUUCGGCAUAUCACUUUCAGGUGUUCAUCAAUGGAGGCGCGGCUGAGAUCUCUCUCUCUUUUUUUUCCUAGCAGGGUUUCUCAUGUUUUCCUCUUGGUGAUGGUGACAAAAGCAAAAUCCAUUGUUUACAGAUGUUGAGCAUGCUGGUUUGGUUCGGACAUCCUGUGUUGUGUUUUGUUUUUCCUUCUUUUCUUUCAUUUUGUUAACAUUUCUGGAAUGCAUUUAAACCAUGUUGCUGUGUUCUUAUCACACUAUGAGCCCUUAUGAUAAACUGUUUUAGGUGUAAGGAAUUUUGGGGUAAUGUACGCUUAUGCUUGAGUAUGAACCCCUUUAUGAAGUCUAACUAACUAACCUAGCGCUGUGGUCCAAAACACUCGAAAGCUAUCACUGCCAACUGUGCAAUGGCAAAAUGCGAAAUCACGAUUUAAUACUUAGCUCAUUAAAAAGUAUUUUACUCCUCGAGUCCCCUUGUUGAUUAUUUACUUUUAGAGAUUAAGAUUUAAAAAAAACAACCCCCCUAAAAUGACGAUUCAGAUGAGCAAUUUGAAAAGAGUAAAUUAUAAGCAGAAUGUAUAAAGCUUAUGUGCGACAAGAACCGGAAACAGACACAAGAACUGUCAAGUGAUAUAUUGCAGCAAUGCGUUUCGUAGAUGUCCUGUGAAUUUAAGACUCACCGCCUAUGAUUUCCCCUCUGUUUAUUUUUGCACUGUUUGUGUUGCUGAAUGCAGUAUGUUCAUAUUGACCGUGCUAAAUAGCAACUAAAUGUGUGUUCUGGUAAUGUUUGCAUUUGUCAAAAAAAAAUUAAAAGAAGAAGAUGAAGAAGAAAAAGUAAAAAUAUAUAUAAACGGUGCCUGUACUGAAGUAUUUGUAAAAUAUGAAAAUUGAGGUAUGUGACGCAUGAUCAUUUUUAUACAUAA